GCGAUGUCAAAUUAGAAGUGAUUUUUCAUCGACAUUGGUCGGUUGUGUUUCGUCGUCGUCGUUUUAAUUUGUUUCUUCUACGGUUUUCGUUUUAUACGUUUUCUUAUUUAUUGUUUUAUUUCCAUAAUUAAUUAAUAAUCUAGAGAAAAUUUCAACAAAAAUAUAAUAUAAAUUUUAAUUAAAUAGAAAUAAAUUCGUGAUAAAUUACAAAAAAGAAAUUAAAACAAAGUAUAAAUGUGACAAGUGUUGGAAAAAGAAAAAGAAGUGAAUAAUCUUAAGCAGUUAAAAAUAAAUGGUUUUAAAAUAAAAAUACCUACCUAUAUUGUAUAUUAAUUACAAAAUUUCUUUGGAUGAUUCAAAAAGUAUAUGAAUAGAAGAAAAAACCUCGGUGAAAACAAUCAGUUGAUCGCAUUCAGCUACUAAUACCAUAACAACAACAAAAAACAGAAAAAAUAAAACAGCAAAAAUAGUAACAUCAAGGUAAAUUUUAACCAACGAGAGGGAGCAAAGCAACCAACCAACCAACAACAACAACACCUCACGUAAAUAAACACUCAUACAUACUCACAACAGCAACAACAAACACAUUUACAAUGUGGAGCCCAACACAUAUUAAAGUGACAAUAAAUUCCGCCCGAAAUCUAUUAUGCAAGGGCAAAAACAAUACCAACAAUUGCUUUGUAACCAUUGGUCUGGGCAAAGAGAAAUAUCAGACAUCGGUUAAGGAAAAGGCUGAAUCAAAAGUGGAAUGGAAAGAAGAAUGUGAACUUAAAAUUCCCGAUCAAGGCAAUCGUGCUGAGCUUGUUCUCACCUGUUUGCAUCGCAACAAUUUGGGUAUAGAUGAAUUCUUGGGACAAGUUACUCUGCCGCUCAAUGAAAUGGACGCCUAUGUGCGUUCCAAAGCUAAAUGGUAUAAACUGGAAAGUAAACCGGGCAAAGAGAAAAAGAACAAAGAACGUGGUGAACUAGAAGUAGAGAUAUCAUUCACCGUCAAAUCUGGCUCUUUAACCGAUUUGAGUAAAAAAGAAAAACACAAGUCUUCCAUAGGACAGUUGGCUUCAUCGGUGGGUGGAAGUUUAUUGUCGAUUAGUACCAUUGAAAAGCGUAAAGGUAUUAAGAAAAUUGCCAAAAAAUUCGGUUCGAAACUGCAUCUGAGCGGUAGUGGUAAGAAAAAGAAUAAAGAUGAUGAUGAUAUGUCAUACACGGGCUCCUUUGCUAGUAUUGGCACACCGAAUCGUGUCAGAGUGCCGGAUAGCGAUGAUGAAGAUGAGUUUCAAUUCGAUAAGUUGUCACAAAAGAGUUCGGUUAGUUCUCUAAAUAUGCGUGAUGGUUUACAGCCUCCUUCUCAAAACUAUACGCCAAGAAAUCCUUCACCCUUGAUGGGUUCCACCGGUAAAGGUCAAAUAGGUAAGGAUCAUCACUUCAGAUAUGAUGGAUCAGACAAUCUCAGUGUGGAUCCAGAAUUGGAAGAAAUUGAAAAUGAAUUUAGCAUAAGAGCGCGUACUUUACCACCUCCUUCAAAACCUCCACGCACACCUCAAAUGGAUGGAGGCGAAAUGAAAACAAAUGGCAAAAGUAACUCAGAAUUGGAUGAAUGGGAAUCUAAAUUAUAUGGACGUAGUGCUGAGUCUGGUAAUUCUGAUUCGUUAAAGCGCCGAUCCUGGGAGCCGGUGGCGGUGCCUUUGAAAACUACCACUUAUGAAGAAGAAACAGAAAAGGAGUUACCCCUCACAGAACCAGAGCCUAUGAGUAAAUCUCUUUUACCCACUUUACAAGAAUCACAAACUCCUGAAAGUUUCUCCGAUAGUUCAAGCAGCAGUGAUGAAGAAAUUGAGGCAGAAAAACCAAAACAAGUUGUUGUGACUCCUUUGAGACCAGCAAGUGAGGAAAAAUCCAAGGUAAUAACUUCCUCUCCAAUAAAACCCACUGAUCUCAAACUAUUGACUCCAAGUGACAAUGGCGAAAUUGUUAAAAAAGAUUCCCUACUCUCACCAGAUGUGGAUAAAAAUGAAUUUGCCAAAUUUAAUGCUUCCUUUGCUAAAUUUGAACAGAGAAACAGUUCCAAAUUCUUUGAUAUUGGUGAAGAAACAAAUAAUUUCCUUAAAAAUGAAUCUCUAACAUCUGGUGUUAACCAACCACAGCCCAAACCCAGAGCAAGAAUUUCGCCUAUGGUGGAAAAGGAGGAUAAUAGCAAAAAAGCUUUAGAGGAAGAAGCAAAACGCAAACGUGACGCCGAAGAUGCUCGUUUAGAAGCUGAAUUAAAAGAAAAUGAAAGACGCCUUAAAGAAGAGGAAGAAGCUUUACAAAAAGAAUUGCGUGAGAAAGAAGAAGAGGAAAAGAGACGAGAAGCCAAACGUCGUGAAGAAGAUUUUAGAAUUUUAAAUUUCUCCAAACGUCUAGUGUCACAAGAAGAUAAACCCGAAGAAAAGCCACAAGAAAAAAUCAUUGAACCUUUGGUCAAUAAUAAAGAACAAUAUAAAGAGGAAAAGAAACUAGAAAUCAAUAAUAAAAAAGAACGCCAAUUCAACAUAAACCGAGAAAAACAAACGAUUAGUAACGCCUCUACGCCUAGUCCCAAACAAAAUGAACGCAUUAUUAUAGGCCAUGAAAAAGCCACCACACAAGCGGAAAGACGUGCUGAAAUCUCAGCCGCAUUAGCCAAAAAAUAUGAAGGCAAAUCAAGAGAGGAACUUAUGCUUAUAGCCAAUGGCAUGGAAAAUGAAGCCUUAAUACAAAGACAACGUGUCAAAGAACUUGAAGAUUAUUUAGACAAUUUAUUAUUAAGAGUUAUGGAAACACAUCCCAAAAUCUUACAAAAUCCCUACUCACGAACAACUUCUGCUAAGAGCGGUUGAGAAUCAUUGUUACACUUCUGCAAAAACCAAUUAAACCAUCAUCACAAAUGAAAGGAAGAUGUUCUGAAUUCAUCACCAUAUUGCCUUUGAAGUGCAAAACUAAAGUGCUUUUAUUGUAUUUUGUUGAAAUCUAUGAUAUUUUUUUAUAAAUUACAAUUUUUUAAACUAAUUAACUAAACUACUACUAUUUUAAAUAAAUAACUUUAAAAUAAUUACUAUUUAAUAAACAAAUAUAACAGUUUUUAUAAAAGAAACAUUAAGGCAAUAUUACUAUUGUAACAAAACUUUUGUAACAAAAACCUAUUUCCUAAUAAUUUCCAAAAUUUCUUGUUAUUUUCAAAAGUAUUGUUUUUAUACGCUGUCCUUCUACUCUUCUAUUAAAUGUAAUACCUAUAAAGAUUUGCUAUUUAUCUAUCACUAAGCUUUCUUUAACUUUAUAAAUAUGAUUAAAAAAAAAUCAACAAAAUUUCUUAGUUUUUAAGUUAUAGUUUAAUAUUAACAAUAAUAAUAAUAAUUGUAAAACAUUUAUAUUUAUUAUUUAAAAUCAACAAGAUACUAACCAUAAUUAGAAAAACUUGAGAAUUAUUUUAAGCUUUUAAAUCCAACAGAAUUUGUGUUAAAUCUUGUUUUUUAAACAAAUUUUAUAUAAAAAACCCUAAAAACCAAGUAUUUUUUUUAUUGAUUCACUUUGUAUUAUUGUUAUUUGUUUUUACUGAUUAUUAACUCUGUCUCUAUCUAAAUUUAUUACUUAUAAUAAUGUACGUAUUUAAUUUUUUUUAUAUUUGUAUUAUUUUAUAAUUUAAAUCAAAAACUGUUAACUUUAAAUAUAUCUACAUAAAUAAUAAAAUAAAAUUUAUAUUUAAUAU